CGAAAAAGUUUUAAAUUUUUAACAAAGUCUAUUCACCCCCCCCCCCCUCUAGACUUUGUAUCUCACCACUUCGGGACCACCAAUUGGUAUCGGAGCUUACUUCUCACUAUCUACAUUUAGAUUAACGAGAAGCGAUCAUAAUGGUGAACAAUAUGGAUCACGGUUUGCCCAAGUUUUCUCUUCUAGGUUACGAUGAUUGGAAGAUCAUGAUGGAAGCACAUCUCUACGCUCUACAUCAUUGCAUGUGGAGGGUGCUUGAGGAUGGACCCUUGAAAAUCCAAAUGGAGAACCCUGAGAGGAAUCUAGCUGCUCCAGAUGUAGUCCAGUACAUUCCAAAGCCCAAGGAAAAAUGGGAUGAUAGAGAUUGCAAAAAGCACAAUCUGGACAACGUUGCCAAAGCAGCCAUCUUCAAGACACUUGAUCCCAUCACCUUCUCCAAGAUUAAACAUCUCAAGACUGCCAUGGAGAUUUGGCAAGGUCUUGGGAAGCUAUGUGAGGGAUCAGAGGACCUGAGAAAGCAGAAGAUAGAAGUCCUGCUUGAGAAGUUCAAAAGCUUCAAAAUGCUUCCCGGAGAAUCAUUUGAUAUGUUGGAUGAAAGAUUCCACAAGAUAUUGAAUGAUCUUGCUUCACUUAACCACAUUCUUU